AUGGGUGGCGAAAUUAUCACUUUGCAAGCAGGUCAAUGCGGAAAUCACGUUGGUAAGUUUCUCUGGUCGCAAUUGGCGAAAGAGCACGCUAUAGGCACCGAUGGGCUGUCGCAGCUUCCUGAUUCAAGCGCAGAAAGAGAAGACGAUACAAAGCCGUUUUUUCGUGAAAACAGUAGGAAUAGGUUUACGCCAAGAGCCAUUCUGCUGGACUCUGAGCCCAGUGUCAUUGCCGACAUGGAGAACACAUUUCGUGGGUUUUUCGAUCCUCGAAACACUUGGGUGGCUUCUGACGGUGCCAGCGCCGGUAAUUCUUGGGCCAACGGGUACGAUAUAGGAACGCGCAACCAGGAUGAUAUCCUGAACAAGAUCGAUAAGGAGAUCGACUCUACCGACAAUUUUGAGGGUUUCCAAUUGUUGCACUCGGUGGCAGGUGGAACGGGCUCCGGCCUAGGGUCCAAUCUCUUAGAAGCAUUGUGUGAUCGCUAUCCAAAGAAAAUUCUGACGACGUAUUCUGUGUUUCCUGCAAGGUCUUCCGAGGUUGUUGUUCAGUCUUAUAACACCAUUUUGGCCUUGAGGAGACUAAUAGAGGAUAGCGAUGCAACCGUGGUGUUUGAUAAUGCUUCUUUGUUGAAUAUUUCCGGCAAAGUGUUUAGAAACCCGAACAUAGAUUUGCAACACACAAACCAAUUGAUAUCGGCUAUAAUAUCUUCGGUCACGAACAGCAUACGGUUUCCUAGUUACAUGUAUUCGUCCUUACCGAGUAUCUACUCCACCCUGAUUCCUUCUCCCGAACUUCAUUUUCUAAGCCCCAGCUUCACGCCAUUCACAUCAGAUUAUAUUCAUGAUGACGUUGCACAUAAGGGCCAUUCCAGUUACGACGUUAUGCUGGAUUUAUUAGACCCUUCUAAUUCUCUUGUCUCUACCGCAAUGAAUAGCCCUACAUAUUUUAACGUUUACAACACAAUCAUUGGCAAUGCGGAGCCUAGUCUGAUAUCGCGUGCAAUGACCAAGAUACAGCAGCGUAUUAAAUUUCCCUCGUGGUCAUCUUCUGCGAUGCACGUUAAUAUUGGAAGAAGAUCGCCUUAUUUACCCUCACAACCUAAUGAAAACGAAGUAGCCGGUAUGAUGUUAAGUAAUAUGUCCACUGUGGUCGGGGUUUUUGAGAAUGCAUGUACUACUUUCGAUAAAGUGUUUGCCAAGGGAGCCUUUCUGAAUAACUAUAACGUGGGUGACUUGUUUCAGUCAAUGCAAAAUGUUCAAGAUGAAUUUAUCGAGUCGAGAGAAGUAGUACAGAGUCUAAUGGAAGAUUAUGUAGCUGCAGAACAAGAUUCGUACCUGGACGACGUGCUCGUCGAUGACGAAAACAUGGUUGGAGAGUUGGAAGAAAGUUUGGAUGCUGACGGCGAUCAUAAAUUAACGUAA